UUCGCGGUUCGCGGACUUAUCUCGAUAACAAAAAAGUUUUUUCAACCAAUUCAUGAAAUUGUGCUCAAAAAUAUAAAUUGAUCCGACCUCUUUGCCUCGCGAAUUUGACAGCUGACGUUUUUGACAGUCGAUUCCGGAACGUUGCCUCAUAAAAUACCUUCUCCAAGGAAACUAAUUAAUUUAAUUAAAAAUAAUAAUAAUUAGUCCAAAUUCGAUUUUGACGCGAAUCCAUUCGCGCGCUUUUUGACAGAUCACAUUUGACAGUUCUUAUUUUUAAUUUCGAUUCAGUGUGUGCAGUGCGUGUUAUAAUGUAAGGACUAUUGUUGUUUGUUGAAAAAGUUGUUUUUUUUUUAAUAAUGGCUGUGCCUUUUGGGAUUUUCAUCUGGAUCGCGUGAUGAGAUGGCGUAACCUGUCAACAUGGCGGCGGUAUCCUCCGUUCACUUGCAAGACAACAUCAAGAUACAGGAGCAGAGCGAUGAUGAACCUUAUUCCCCCAACACAAGGGACACCACCAGCCCAGAAUACCAGGACGAGAAGACAGAGGAACGGCAACACACCUCUUUCUCCAUACACAAUGUCUUGAAGAAGGAAAGGGACAGCAACAGUCCGGAGAAUGUCUUCUCGACUGAGAAGCUUCUACAGAACACUCCAAACUUCGAGGAGAAUCUAGAAAGUACUAGAAACUCCAGUUCGAGUCCUAAUCUCGAAGAGCAUGAAGACACUAAUGAUUAUCGAGCGGAAAUUUCCGUUGAUGACGAUAACUCAUGCUGCAGCGAUGACACUGUUCUCUCAGUCGGCAACGAAGCGCCAAUCAACGAGUCUAUAUAUGAAAAUAACAAUGACCAACCGCCCGAAUCAAGUCAAGGGUUGACCUCCUUCAAACACAUACAAACGCACCUCAACGCAAUCUCACAGCUUAGUCAAAACCUAACCAUUAAUCAACCGUUAUUACUCCGCCCAAGUCCCAUAACCCCAAAUCCACUCAUGUUCCUAAACCAACCACUGCUUUUCCAAAACCCAUUAGUCAAUCAAGAUUUGAAGUCAAAUAUGAACUUACCCACCCGACUUCCAAUCCCUCAGAACAAUUUGAAUUUGAAUCCCCAACCUUUCGGCUUGAAUUUCGGAAUGCGAAUGAAAUCCCAGACUCAGGAGCUAAGAAACACAAGGACAGACGAAAACAGAAGACUAAAUUACUUGACUCCAAAGUCCCCUGAUGAAGCUAGAGACUUUAUGAAUCAGAAUUGUCUGAAAUUUAGCAUAGAUAAUAUAUUAAAAGCUGAUUUUGGGCGGCGGAUAACGGAUCCUUUGAAUAAGAGGAAGACGUUGAAGUCGAGGCAGUUUGAAGUCAAAUCCCCGGUGAAGGAUGUGGCUUCAAAGCCGGAGAUUGAAGUCAGAGAGCCAGAAAAGUUGUCGGAGAAAGGAGGGGCGAUAGACUUGUCGAAAGGGGAUGAUAGUAGCAGUAACUCCGGGUCCACGCCAGGAGCGACAUCAGGCGAGGGUCCCAUGGUGUGGCCGGCGUGGGUGUACUGUACCAGGUACAGUGACCGACCCAGUUCUGCCUCUGUCUAG